AUGUGUGCGACUAAUGCCGUUGUGAUCGCAGCAGUUGCUGAAGCUGAAUCUGCUAAUCAAACUCGACGACGGGGUUCCCGAUCGGUUCGUGCACUAAACGAGGAGCAAUUUAGGGAAGAAAGAGGCAAAAACAUGAUGGAAGAUUACUUUGUUGAACGUCCAGUUUUCAAUGAUGAGGAAUUCCGAACAUGCUACAGGAUGAGUCACAACGUCUUCAACCGCAUCUCUGGUGACCUUUGCCGCUAUGAUCAAUGGGCGACUUUCGUGAAAUCAAUUCCAAGGCCUACACGACCCAAGGAUCUCAAGUUUUUCCAGGCUCAAGAGGGGUACAUGAAGGAUGUGGAAAGAUGUUUUGGUAUUUUACAAUCGCGCUUUAGUAUUGUUAGAGGAGCUGCUCGUGGGUGGGAUAUAAAAGACCUUCGAUACAUCAUGUUGACUUGUAUUAUAUUACACAACAUGAUAGUCGAGGAUGAAAGACCUGAGGACAGUGAUGAAGACUUAGAGUCAGAUGAAGAAAAGGAUAACAAUAUGAGGCCCAGGUUGGCUACGGUUUGGGAAGGACCGACCGGUGAUGACUUUGAUUCUGUUGGUAGAGAUGGUCAUAAUUUCAACCGAUUCAUGGAUCGAUACGAUGCCAUUAGAUGUGAGUACACUCACUCAAACCUUCAAGAAGAUCUCAUAGAGCAUUUAUGCAACAUUCAAGGCAACUUGCAGAUCUAG